AGUCACGGUUGUAAAGUCUGACCCAAAAAAGAAAAAAAAUCCGAUAGAGAUUAGAUUAGAAAGAAUAUCAUAAAUUUGGUUAAAUAUGGGGGAGGUGGGGGCAUAUUAGUAAUUCCACACUUCAUUGUAUUCCCUCUACAAAAUGCUUCAAGAAGGUGGCCACAUUCAUUAAUAUUAUCAACAAGCUGCUUUCAGUUACAAAAAAAAAAAAUCAUCAUAAAGAACUUCUGCUGCCCCUUCAACUACAACGCAAAGCAGCCAAGAGUGCUUCUCUGUUCCGCUUUUACUCCUUGUGCCAUGGGCUUAGGAGGCCAGGAAACGUCGUCGUUUGUGAGUGAUUUUCUGGAAAAGUGUGGUGGCUAUGCUGUUCUUGACGGUGGGUUUGCCACUGAGCUUGAACGACAUGGAGCUGACCUCAACGACCCUCUCUGGAGCGCCAAAUGCCUUAUCAGUUCUCCUCACCUUGUCAGAAGGGUACACUUGGACUACCUUGAUGCUGGUGCAAACGUCAUAAUAACCGCGUCUUAUCAGGCCACCAUUCAGGGUUUUGAGGCCAAAGGUUUCUCUAAAGAAGAAGCCAAAGCCUUGAUCAGGAAAAGUGUAGAAAUUGCAAUUGAGGCAAGGGAAAUUUAUUAUGACAAAUUGCAAUCAAGACGUCCAGUUCUAGUUGCAGCAUCUGUGGGCAGCUAUGGGGCAUACUUGGCUGAUGGCUCUGAGUACAGUGGAAACUACGGUGAUGCAGUUACCGUAGAGACGUUGAAGGAUUUCCACAGGGAAAGGGUACAGAUUCUGGCCAACUCCGGUGCUGAUCUUAUCGCAUUUGAGACAACCCCGAAUAAGAUAGAAGCAAAGGCAUAUGCUGAGUUGCUUGAGGAAGAAGGAAUAGACAUUCCAGCCUGGUUUUCCUUCACUUCUAAGGAUGGAAUCAAUGUGGUCAGUGGCGAUUCGAUCUCAGAGUGCACCUCUAUUGCAGAUUCAUGCAAGCAAGUUGUUGCUGUUGGAAUCAACUGCACACCUCCUAGAUUCAUCCAUGGACUGGUUUCAUCGAUUAGGAAGGUUACAAGCAAACCAAUAGUCAUAUACCCCAACAGUGGUGAGACUUAUGAUGGUCUGACCAAGCAAUGGGUGCAAUCAAGCGGGGAGGUCGAUGAAGAGUUUGCAGACAUAGUGAUAGGCAAGUGGCGUGAGGCCGGGGCUUCUCUAUUCGGAGGCUGCUGCAGGACAACUCCAAAUACCAUAAGGGCCAUAUCUAGAGUUCUCUCCAACCAGAAGUCUUCUGCAAUUAACGAGGAUGCUUAAAUGAGUUCCAAAACUGAGAUGUAAAUAUUUCUCUAAUCCGCUAAGAAUAAAAGCUUUAUAUCCCUUCCUUUCCUUGUUUUGUAACUCAGAGGAAGUAGUGAAAAUGUCACCGUGGUAAAAGUGUUAAUUUCAAGAGUAAAAUUUUCUGGCACUUUUUGAGGUUUA